AUGAACAAAGAUAAUAAACAAAAAGUUUUAUGUGCCUGUGAAAAAUGUUUGAUUAAAUCAAGUGGUACUGGAAUACAUGUUCAUAUUUCAACAAAGUAUAGACAUCAAAAUAGAGAAAAUUUAUGUAAAGAAAAUGAAAGUAGUUCAAGUUCUGAAUCUGCAUUAAGUUCAAUAAAUGAUUAUCCAAUGCCUUUAGAUGAAAUAAGUGAUAAUAUUGAUUCUGAUGAUGAUGAAAGUAUGAGAGAUAAUGAUGAUGAAAAUGUUGAAAAUGAAGAAGAAUUUGAUAAUUGUGAUGAUCAUGGACUUGAUGAUGAUUCGGAUGAACUUGUCAAUGAUGAUUCAAAUGAAUUUGCCAGUGAUGAUUCAGAUGAAUUUGAUGAUGAUAUGGAUGACAAAAAUGAAAAUAAACCAUAUAGUCAUGAUCAAGGAGAAUUGUCUGAAGAGGUAAUAAAUGGAAUGAAAUUGCUUUAUUUAAAGACAAUACAUAAUUUUUCAAAUCAAGCAUUUAGUGACAUUGCAUCAAGUUUUGUAAAACAAGAAAUUAACAAAAGGGAAUUAGCAUUGACAAUAUCAUGUGAUGGUUAUCAAAUAUUUCAACAGAAAACUGAUGAUAACUGGAUAUUUUUAGUCAUUAAUAAUAAUCUUGCACCUGAAAAAAGAAAUUUGUUAAGAUCUUCUUCACAGACCAAAUUUACAAUUAUAAGUUCAUAUUUAUUUAUAGAUGGAAUAGAAUGUUAUGAUGCAUUGAAUGAUGAAUUUUUUGAAUUAAAAGCUCAUGUUUUAGCUUGGACUGGGGAUAUACCAGCUAUAACCAAAAUAAUGUGUUUUACUGGUCAUAAUUCUUACCAGGGAUGCAGAUUUUGUAAAAUUAAUGGAAAAUUAUUAGGAAGUAACUCACAUGUUUAUUAUCCUUUGCCAGAUGAUAUAGGGAUUUCUGACCUUCCUGCUUGUAAGCACAAUGAGAUAUUAAAUAACAUUAGAGAAAUUGAUAAUUGUAGGUCAAAGAGUCAUAAAGAUAAGUUGAUACAAAAAUAUGGCCCUAAUAUGUAUAGGUUUUGGUCAGAUAAAUUUUAUAAAAAAAAUGAUCAAAAGAAAGUGUAUUCAAUCAGUAAGAAUGACUGGCAAGAGAUUGGCAGAAUUUUGGAACAAAAUAAAUAUAACAUACCAACUAGUAUGGGCAGAGUACCAAGGAAUAUUUACAAGCAUUCAGCAGGUUACAAGGCAGAAGAAUGGUCUAAUUGGAUUAUGUUUUUUUCACUUCCAUUAUUAAAAGGAAAAAUUGAAGAAAGAUUUUUAAAAGGCUGGUCCCAUUUAGUAAAUGCAAUAAACCUUUGUGUUCAACCAACAAUUGAAUUUGAUGAUUUUGAAAAAAUAAAAAAUGAUUUGGAGGAAUUUUAUAUUCAUUAUAUCAAUGAUUACAAGGAAGAUGAUAACCAAGAAGGAUUAAGGAUUCACCUAUUAACAUUUCAUUAUAUAUUACAUGUGGUUCAAAGUAUUGAAGAUUUUGGUCCAUGUUGUUAUUAUUGGCAAUUUCCAAUUGAAAGGCUUUGUUUAAAGAAAAGCAAAAAUUGGUAUUUCCAGCAUGGUGGAA